AUCGAAAUCGAAGGAGGAGGUCUUCGUCGAAAUUCGCUUUUCGCGCCACGAAUCGGAAGGCAAUCCAGAUUCGAUCACCGAUCGCUGUAAUUCGAUUGCUUCUUAAAUUUCCCAACAAAUAGCUUCAACCAGCGGAAAAUCCUGUGGGAAAAUCGAGAAGCUUGAUGCACUUCUGAGGAAAUUGACGAGGCGAUUUGACUCGAUACGCUGGUAUGACAGGAUGAAGGAUAUGUGAAUUCAGGUUCUUUUCGGCGGAGCGAAAUUUUGAUCUGGAUGGAUCGCGCUCAAGAUCGAGGAUCUCUCCUUACCUCCAGCUCCCGCGCCCGCUUCACCUCAGUUUGCCAUACGCGCAGAGUGAAGGGAUGCAAUGUCGUAUAUAUGCAACUGCGAAGAUGACAGUGCCACACGGACUGAACAAUAUCACAGUUACAUUUCUUGAGAUUUGAGCUUUGUGACCAUAUUAUGAAACCAAUGUGUGAUUGUGCCUCUAAAGGAAAGAGAUCAUCCAAGGGCUUAGUCUGAAUGAAAUUGGAACCUGCAGCUACGUAACUGAGAGGAGAGAGGGCUUGACAUCUGAACUCAAACAGCAAGGUGAAUCUGGUGUGUUAAAAUUCUAGAAAUCUUUUGAUAACUGGGGCAGACAUGAAAAGAUCAGAACGUUGAAGGUUGGGCCGAGCUUCAAACGCGCGAGACGGCGAGAGCAGUCUGACGAUUGGUUAACCUAACCCUAUCGAAGAAGGCUAGACUACGAGAAUGAUCGAGACGAGUGCAGUGGUCAUGAGCGGCGGGUUGAGAGAAAAUGUCUCAGAGGUUCCAGGGUCUGCUGUGGAAGUUCAUCUUAAUAUUUGUGCACAUGGGCGUGACGACGUUGUGUGUACCCAACGAACUUGUGCUAAAUGGAGGGUUCGACUCCCAAGUGUUCGUUCUCGCAGCAAAUGAGACUGAAAUGUUGAUCGGCAAAUCGAACAAAAAAGUUGCAAUUCCGUUCUGGAAAGUCACAAAUGGCAGCGUGCAGGUGGCGAGCUCAAAAUAUUUCCUUCCUGACUCUCUGUCCUGGAAUGGAGUCGGGAACUACUGCAUGCAUAUGAACAGCGAGAAAGGCCCUGGGACGAUUUACAGCGCGCCAUUGAUCGGUCAGAUUGCAGGGGCUGUGUACAACUUUUCCAUCAACGUAGCGGGCUCUCCAGAGGGCGGAGAGCUGUACAAGAAAAUGCAGAUAACCUUGUUCUUCAGACGCAAGUGGUUUUUUUGGUUGUUUGUUGAGUUCAAAUUUCCUCAAUGUAACGCAAGCAAUCCCUACAACUCCCACGCGAAGAUUGCUUGGACAACAAAACUGUAUACUUAUGUCGGCACGGGGCGAGAAACCAGGAUAAUGAUUACUAGCAAGUCUAGCGGCUCUUAUGGAUUUCUCAUCGACAAUGUGCACGUCAGUUUGUAUAAUAUACUUGACAAUGGGAGUUUCGAGCAGUUCACAAACGAAGCUACGAGCUUGUUUCUGGAUUCGGACCUUGUGAACAGUCCAUCUUGGAAAAUCAGAAAGUGGUUUCUCGAAUCAGGGAGUGUGAAGUACAUCAGAGGAAGACUUGAGCCUUCCACAGACCAGAGUGGAAGUGCUGUCGACCUGAAUGGCGAUUCGCCAGGCCUGCUGAGUCGUAACGUCAGCACCAUAGAUAAAAAGUAUUAUUACAUCAGUUUUGAUCAUGCUGCCAAUCCGGAAGCCGGAAAACUAGUCAAAGGAUACUUCUCUCUCACUGUCUACAGCCAAAAUGAUGACAAAUCUUCGAUAAUAACGAAAUGGGUGUGGGUGACCAAUAAAGGUCGCACCAAAUCUAUGGUGGGUUGGAAAACCAGCACUAUAGGAUUUUAUGCAAAGAGCAAUAUCACCUACAUCAAAUUCCAAAGCACUAUUAAAGGGACUUUUGGACCUCUUCUGGAUAACGUGCAAAUGUACCAGUACACUACUCCCUUCUCUGCCGCUACUAAUGUGGCUGGGGUGAAGUGCCCUCAAAUAGCCUGUUUGUUGUUGGUUGCAAUUUUGCUUCGAGAAAUGUCGUGCUAGCAUCUAUUCUUAUGAAUCGACCCGAGCUCGAGCUCAUGCAGCUAGUUAGCACAAAUCUAUGAGCAGAUCCUAGGAGAUAUUUUCCAAUUCGACGAUUUAAAAUGAGUCGUAAGGGAAUUGUAAGUACAAGUAAUAAUCUGUACAGAUGCAA